CGUAGGCGUAUUUUCCUCGCGUUCGCCUAGAGGUGUUGUUGGGACGCAAUGCCUGAGCCAGCGAAGUCCGCUCCCGCCCCGAAGAAGGGCUCGAAGAAGGCGGUGACCAAGGCGCAGAAGAAGGACGGCAAGAAGCGCAAGCGCAGCCGCAAGGAGAGCUACUCGGUGUACGUGUACAAGGUGCUGAAGCAGGUGCACCCCGACACCGGCAUCUCGUCCAAGGCCAUGGGCAUCAUGAACUCGUUCGUCAACGACAUCUUCGAGCGCAUCGCGGGCGAGGCGUCGCGCCUGGCGCAUUACAACAAACGCUCGACCAUCACGUCCCGGGAGAUCCAGACGGCCGUGCGCCUGCUGCUGCCUGGGGAGCUGGCCAAGCACGCCGUGUCCGAGGGCACCAAGGCCGUCACCAAAUACACCAGCUCCAAGUAGAUUUGUUCACCGUCACAGCACCAACGAUUUCAGGCUCUUUUAAGAGCCGCCCAUAUUCUCAUUUAAAGAGCUGUAAUCUUCCGAACUUCUGGAAACUGCAACUUGUUUAAGUCACGUUUAAUUUGCUGAGUACUGGUAAACUCUGAAUUUGGGAACAAAGGUUAACUUCUGGCGUGUGCGGACCAUCAAGAAGCAAAUGUCCUACAAUCACCCGUGAAACGGAAUCUUCCAUUGUACAAGCGAAUGUCCUGAGAAUUGAGAUUCAGCAGCCCUUUUACAUCAAUAAAUACUAUAUGGAAUAUAUAUCACGGAUAUGGAAGAACGAAGAAUCAUCUUCAGAAAACCAGCUGGCACUCUUAAAGUUAGAAGAGAAUCGCGACAUUGCUGCCUGUGGUCCUUCCCAGACAAGGGAAAGCCAGGGCCGCCCUACAGACGGCUGUGCUGUUGCCAACAACUUCAAAGACAAUCAAUCUCAUUUCAAACAAGAACAAUCCUCAAAGGGAAUACAGAUAACCGCAAAAUAAGAAAUCUUUAUACCAAAUAAAUGUGGUCCUUUCUACCAAAUAAAUUUAAUUAACUUUUAAUAUUAAGGAAAACUUACUAUGCUGACCUUACGUUUCUCAUUUUGACACAGAAUACAGAGAAAAGUGGCCGGGACUAACACUAUUCUUAGAUGAGCAUCUGGGAACCACUGAUUUGUUCAAGUCCCUUCAUUUCAGAAUUUUAAAAAAUGUCUCUGAAUCAGCUCAGCUAAUCAGAGAAGGGGCCCGGGUUAAAACAGAUUUCUUGACUAUUUCCCCUAAAAUUAUACCUACUUCUCACUUCCACGUGUUUGAAGACUUAUAUUCUAUUAUUAUAAGUAAUCCGCACACAUAUUAAUAUCAUUAGCAGAAUAUUAUGAAGUAAUCCACACAAUGAAAAUUCUACUUGAUCUUUCAUAUUCCAGCAAAGCAUCCUGUAAUUUUUUUAAGGCAGUCAACAAAGCAACUGUCAACCAAUAGACAGAUGAAUCGUGACAUAAUCAGGCAUGAUCACACGCUCUAACAUUGCUAUGAAAGCAAACGAGCUUUAGCCACAUGUGACAACGUGGCAACUCAGAAUAAAGCAAUUCCCAGAAACCAGAUGUGAUCUAAUACUGUGUCAAUCCAUUUAGGCUAAUUGUGCAGUGAUAAACAACCCCCAGAUCCCAGUGACUUACUAUAAUAAAGGUUCUUGUUUUGCUCAUG